UGGUUGUCCCCGCUUCGCUCACUAAAGUUAGGCACUACUGUAUCUAUCAUAUGGUAUCCACCGUAAAUAACGUAAGGUGUUUCAAAAACACCUUGGUUCUGUGUCUGUAACAUUGAAUCAAAUCUUUUUAGAUAGACUCAGUCAUUUUUCCCACUGUCUUUGGUAUAGUUCGAUCACAGUAAUAUGGAAGGAGAACCGAACAACUCAUUCGUUCGAUUUAUGAAUUCGUUAUUUUAUGUAGUGGAUGCGCCAGUCACAUAUGUGCGAGAAAAAUUAGUAGAGCCAAAUCAGAAGAAAUAUCCAUGGUACCAUCAACAAUUCCGUCGAGUUCCAACAAUUGAAUCAUGUAAACAGUUCGACUUCGGUUGUAUCUUUGAGGCACAAAGACAACAAAUGCGUGAUAAAUUGGUUGACAGCUUCAUUGUGAGUACAUUAAGAGAUCGGUACGAGCACUGUGCAUGGGAUAACUACGAUGACAGAGAUGAACUCUGCGCCCAUUUGAAACAAACAUACGAUGAAGCUGCUGGAAUCUUUUACGCAAAAUAUUCAGACCAGCCUGCAACAUGUAAGACCGAUAAGUUGUUCAUGAAACAACAGUAUCGCAUGGUUUGGGAAAGACGACACGGACCUGCUGGAUCUGGUAUGAAGUCUGAUGAUACUUCCGUCUAACAAUGUUAAGUUUUGUAGGUAAUUAAUUGAUGUAACACGUAUAGAAUAUUUGGAGAUAAACUCUAUGUUUAUAUCAUUGUAUAGCAACUCUGUAAAUUGAGCCAAAUAAAUCAAUUUAAAGUCUA